UCCAAGAUGGAUCCUUCCAUUUGAGUUCUUCGCAAGUCUCUGGAGUCCCGCUGCCGCCCAUUCUUCCUCCGGCAUCCGGGAGGGAAAAGGGAUGAGAAGCUGGGACGGCGAGGAGCCAUCGUGACGGUCCUGUCGCUGCUCUCGGGCCUUCGUGGCCCCUGUGCCUCCGGGGAGCAGCCGGGGCUCGCAAGCGCCUGACGCGUCCCGAGUCACUCAGAAAUAAUGUUGAUAUUUGGAACCCAUGUCGAACUUCUCUGAAGAAAGGGCAACGAUGAUUGCAGCCGGGGAUUUGCAGGAAUUCGUUCCUUUUGGCCGAGACCACUGCAAGCACCACCCUAAUGCUCUGAACCUCCAGCUCCGUCAAUUGCAGCCAGCUUCUGAGUUAUGGUCUUCUGAUGGUGCAGCUGGCCUGGUGGGAUCUCUUCAGGAGGUUACAAUCCAUGAGAAACAGAAGGAAAGCUGGCAGUUAAGAAAAGGUGUGAGCGAGAUUGGAGAUGCAGCUGACUACGAUGAAGAGCUCUAUGUGGCUGGGAACAUGGUUAUCUGGAGCAAAGGGAGUAAAAGCCAGGCACUGGCAGUGUACAAAGCGUUCACAGUGGACAGCACUGUCCAGCAGGCAUUGUGGUGUGACUUCAUUAUAUCACAGGAUAAGUCUGAAAAGAUCUAUAAGAGCCAUGAACUAGAGAAAUGCAUAUGCAUAUUACAGAGUUCAUGUAUGAACAUGCAUAGCAUAGACGGGAAGGAUUAUAUAGCUUCCUUACCUUUUCAGGUGGCAAAUGUUUGGGCCACUAAAUAUGGCUUGCUGUUUGAACGAAGCAGUUCUUCACAUGAGGUGCCUCCAAGUCUACCUAGAGAACCUUUGCCUACUAUGUUCAGCAUGCUGCACCCACUGGAUGAGAUAACUCCUCUUGUUUGUAAAUCCGGAAGUCUUUUUGGCUCAUCACGGGUGCAGUAUGUUGUAGAUCCAGCAGUGAAAAUUGUGUUUCUGAACAUUGACCCCUCCAUUGUCAUGACCUAUGAUGCUGUUCAGAAUGUGCAUUCUGUGUGGACUCUCCGGAGGGUAAAGCCAGAGGAAGAGAAUGCUGUUUUAAAGUUCCCUGAGCAGGCAGGGACCCUGCAAAAUGCAGCUACCAGCAGCUCCCUGACAGCACAUCUCAGAAGCCUCUCCAAAGGCGAAUCCCCUGUGGCUUCGCCGUUCCAGAAUUACUCUUCCAUUCACAGCCAGAGUCGCUCAACUUCUUCACCCAGUCUACACUCUCGGUCGCCUUCCAUUUCCAACAUGGCGGCUCUAAGUCGUGCUCACUCUCCUGCCUUAGGUGUGCACUCUUUCUCAGGGGUGCAAAGAUUCAACCUUUCAAGCCACAAUCAGUCACCAAAGAGACACAGCAUUUCUCACUCUCCGAGUGGCAGUUUCAACGACUCAUUUUUGGCACCAGAAACAGAGCCAAUUAUUCCUGAGCUGUGCAUUGACCACUUAUGGACUGAGACACUUCCGAAUAUAAGAGAGAAAAAUUCUCAAGCCUCCAAGGUAUUUAUAACGACUGACCUGUGUGGACAGAAGUUCUUGUGCUUUUUAGUGGAGGCCCAGCUUCAGUUACGUUGUGUAAAGUUUCAAGAGAGUAAUGACAAGACUCAGCUUAUCUUUGGCUCUGUCACCAACAUACAUGCAAAAGACGCAGCCCCGGUGGAGAAGAUACACACCAUGCUGGUCCUAGAAGGCAAUGGGAACCUGGUGCUGUACACAGGAGUGGUGCGGGUGGUUCUAUUGUCUCCAGUUCCAGAAUUGCGGGAUUCUUCAAAACUUAAUGAUUCUCUCUACAAUGAGGAUUGCACAUUCCAACAGCUUGGAACUUACAUUCAUUCUGUGCGAGACCCUGUUCAUAACAGAGUCACUCUAGAACUGAGCAAUGGCUCCAUGGUUAGGAUCACUAUCCCUGAAGUGGCCACCUCGGAAUUAGUACAAACGUGUCUGCAAGCAAUUAAGUUCAUCCUGCCAAAAGAAGUAGCCAUUCAGGUGCUCGUCAAGUGGUACAAUGUGCACAGUGCUCCAGGAGGACCCAGCUGUCACUCAGAAUGGAGUUUAUUUGUGAUUUGUCUCUUGAACAUGAUGGGUUAUAACACAGACCGCUUAGCAUGGACCCGAAGUUUUGACUUUGAAGGAUCACUUUCCCCAGUCAUUGCACCCAAAAAAGCAAGGCCUUCUGAUACUGGAUCUGACGAGGACUGGGAAUACUUACUGAACUCAGAGUACCAUCACAAUGUUGAGUCUCAUCUUUUGAACAAAUCUCUAUGUUUGACUGCUCUGGAAGUUUCAAAUGCAAAAGAUGAAGAUUUUUCGCAGAGCCUCAAUCUGGAUUCUUCUGCUCUUCUCUUUGCUCACAUCCCUGCAAUUUUCUUUGUUCUUCACCUGGUUUAUGAAGAGCUCAAGUUGAAUACUCUAAUGGGAGAAGGAAUUUGUUCUCUUAUCGACCUCCUUGUUCAGUUGGCAAGGGACUUAAAAUUGGAGCCUUACUUGGACCAUUACUACAGAGAUUACCCAACUCUUGUCAAAACUACUGGACAAGUGUGCACCAUUGACCAAGGUCAGAUGGGAUUUAUGCAUCAUCCCCCAUUUUUUACUUCUGAGCCGCCAAGUAUUUAUCAGUGGGUGAGUUCAUGCCUGAAGGGUGAAGGGAUGCCGCCCUAUCCUUACCUUCCUGGGAUUUGCGAGAGGAGCAGGCUAGUGGUCUUGAGUAUUGCCCUCUACACCCUUGGUGAUGAGAGUUGUGUUUCUGAUGAAACUUGCCAGUAUUUAUCCAAAGUAACCUUAACUCCCCAAAAGCCACAAGCAGAGCAAGAAGAAAACAGGUUUACUUUCCGGCAUUCUGCUUCAGUUUCUAUUCUGGCCGAGAGAUUAGUUGUCUGGAUGGCCAGUGUAGGAUUCACUUUAAGAGAUCUGGAGACUCUUCCCUUUGGGAUUGCUCUUCCCAUCAGAGAUGCGAUUUACCACUGUCGGGAGCAGCCUGAUUCAGAUUGGUCAGAAGCUGUCUGUCUCUUGAUUGGACGUCAGGACCUUUCCAAGCAGGCUUGUGAAGGAAAUUUACCCAGAGGCAAAUCUGUGCUCUCAUCAGAGGUGUCUUCAGGAACUGAGGCAGAGGAGGAAGAUGAUGGCAUGAAUGACUUGAACCAUGAGGUUAUGUCAUUAAUAUGGAGUGAAGAUUUACGGGUGCAGGAUGUGCGAAGGCUGCUUCAAAGUGCACAGCCUGUCCGUGUCAAUGUGGUGCAGUACCCAGAACUCAGUGACCAUGAGUUCAUUGAAGAAAAGGAAAACAGACUGCUCCAGUUGUGUCAGCGAACUAUGGCCCUUCCAGUAGGACGAGGAAUGUUUACCUUGUUCUCAUAUCAUCCUGUUCCAACAGAGCCGUUGCCUAUUCCUAAAUUGAAUCUGACAGGGCGAGCCCCUCCACGAAACACAACUGUAGAUCUUAAUAGCGGAAACAUCGACGUACCUCCCAAUAUGGCCAGCUGGGCCAGCUUUCAUAAUGGUGUGGCUGCUGGCCUGAAGAUAGCCCCGGCCUCCCAGAUAGACUCAGCUUGGAUCGUUUACAACAAGCCAAAGCAUGCUGAGUUAGCCAAUGAGUAUGCCGGCUUUCUCAUGGCCCUGGGUCUGAAUGGGCACCUUACCAAGCUGGCUACUCUCAAUAUCCAUGACUAUUUGACCAAGGGCCAUGAAAUGACAAGCAUUGGAUUGCUACUUGGUGUUUCUGCUGCAAAGCUUGGCACGAUGGACAUGUCAAUUACCCGGCUCCUCAGCAUUCACGUUCCUGCUCUCUUACCCCCGACAUCCACAGAGCUUGAUGUGCCUCACAAUGUCCAAGUGGCGGCUGUGAUUGGCAUUGGCCUUGUUUAUCAGGGCACAGCUCACAGACACACUGCGGAAGUCCUGUUGGCUGAAAUAGGGCGGCCCCCUGGUCCAGAAAUGGAAUAUUGCACUGACAGAGAGUCUUACUCCUUAGCUGCUGGCCUGGCCCUGGGCAUGGUUUGCUUGGGGCAUGGCAGCAAUUUGAUUGGCAUGUCUGAUCUCAAUGUGCCCGAGCAGCUGUAUCAGUACAUGGUUGGAGGUCAUAGGCGUUUUCAAACUGGAAUGCACAGGGAGAAACAUAAGUCUCCAAGUUAUCAGAUCAAAGAAGGAGAUGCCAUAAACGUGGAUGUGACUUGUCCAGGUGCUACUCUGGCGUUGGCUAUGAUCUACUUAAAAACCAAUAACAGAUCCAUUGCUGAUUGGCUGCGAGCUCCUGAUACCAUGUAUUUGCUAGACUUUGUGAAACCAGAAUUCCUCUUGCUUAGGACACUUGCUCGGUGCCUGAUUUUGUGGGAUGAUAUUUUACCAAAUUCCAAGUGGGUUGACAGCAAUGUUCCUCAGAUUAUAAGAGAAAAUAGUAUCUCUCUGAGUGAAAUUGAAUUGCCUUGUUCGGAGGACUUGAAUUUGGAAACCUUGUCGCAAGCACAUGUCUACAUCAUCGCAGGAGCCUGCUUGUCUCUAGGUUUUCGAUUUGCUGGCUCAGAAAACUUAUCAGCAUUUAACUGUCUGCAUAAAUUUGCAAAAGAUUUUAUGAAUUAUUUAUCUGCACCCAAUGCUUCUGUAACAGGGCCCUAUAACCUCGAGACCUGCCUGAGUGUGGUCCUACUGUCUCUUGCCAUGGUGAUGGCUGGCUCUGGGAACCUGAAGGUAUUGCAGCUCUGUCGCUUCCUGCACAUGAAGACUGGUGGAGAGAUGAACUAUGGCUUCCACUUGGCCCACCACAUGGCCCUGGGCCUUCUCUUUUUGGGAGGAGGAAGGUACUCUCUGAGCACAUCUAACUCAUCCAUCGCUGCCCUUCUCUGCGCCCUUUACCCACAUUUUCCAGCCCACAGCACUGACAACCGGUAUCAUCUCCAAGCCCUUCGGCACCUCUAUGUGCUAGCUGCAGAACCAAGGCUCCUGGUACCUGUGGAUGUGGAUACAAACACACCCUGCUAUGCCCUUAUAGAAGUGACUUACAAGGGCACUCAGUGGUAUGAACAGACCAAAGAAGAACUGAUGGCUCCAACCCUUCUUCCAGAACUUCAUCUUUUAAAGCAGAUGAAAGUUAAAGGGCCAAGAUACUGGGAACUGCUCAUAGAUUUAAGCAAGGGAGAACAGCACUUGAGGUCCAUUCUUUCUAAGGAUGGAGUUUUAUAUGUAAAACUCAGGGCAGGCCAGCUCUCCUACAAAGAAGACCCAAUGGGGUGGCAGAGUUUGUUGGCACAAACUGUUGCUAAUAGGAACUCUGAAGCCCGGGCUUUCAAGCCUGAAACAAUUUCAUCAUUCACUUCUGAUCCAGCACUUCUGUCAUUUGCUGAAUAUUUCUGCAAGCCGACUGUGAGCAUGGGUCCAAAACAGGAGAUUCUGGACCUCUUUUCUUCCAUACUUUAUGAGUGUGUUGCUCAGGAAACCCCAGAGAUGUUGCCUGCCUACAUAGCAAUGGAUCAGGCUCUAAGAAGUCUUAAAAAGAGAGACAUGUCAGACACAUCUGAUCUUUGGCAGAUAAAGUUGAUAUUAGAGUUUUUCAGUUCACGAAGCCACCAGGAUAGGCAGCAUACCUAUCCUAAGCGAGGGCUCUUUAUAAACUCCGAGUUCUUACCUGUGGUGAAGUGCACUGUUGAUGCUACCCUGGACCAGUGGCUACAAGAUGGAGGUGAUGUGUGUGUGCAUGCCUACCUUAGUGGGCAGCCUGUUGAGAAGUCUCAGCUAAACAUGCUGGCCUGCUUCCUUGUCUACCACUCUGUGCCAGCACCACGACACUUGCCACCCAUGGGAUUGGAAGGGAGCACAAGCUUUGCUGAACUCCUCUACAGGUUCAGACACCUGAAGAUGCCAGUCCGAGCUUUGCUAAGACUGGCUCCUGUGCUGCUUGGGAAUCCACAGCCGAUGGUUAUGUGACCACCUCUGCCGGGAAACCCACCCUAAAAAUGACUGCGGCACAGAAUCCUGAUGGCAGCAAAGUGAAGGCAGCAUUUUUUGUUUUGUGACCAAUGGAACUCAGUUGCAUACGCUUCACUGUGUUUAAAAUCCAUGUUGAAAGUAUGACAGAUAACGUCCACAUGUCAUAUGAUGUAUAAAACAUCAGUUAAAACUCAAAUUUUGUAAAUAAAAAUUUUUGGUUUUCAAAACUAUUGAUGAUUGCUUUGGACUUCAGAUAGAUGGACAGGCUGAGUUUUUAAGCCUUUGAACUUGAGUGGUUCAGGUUCUGUACUCAGAAGUGCAAGGCUUAAAAAGCCACAUCGUGAAAGUGGACUUUCUGCUACCCCGGGAGAGUUUCUGUGUUGUCUGUUAUGUAACAGUUAUCUUCUCUACAAUGAGUCUGUGCUUCCCGUGGUGGGCGAUAUCAUUACUGCAAGCAGAUUUGAAUGAAUGAAGAAUUGCUCAGCAUGGAGUACUGGACUAUGCCCAAGCCCUGACCUUGGUGCAACUGUGCAGGCUGCAGCUCUUUGGAGGUAACCAAGGUUAAAGGACACUCUAAGGGUGAGUCUAUUUGGUAGAAUCCAUGUCCUGUUCAGAAGAGUAAAAGAGAUGAUUUUCUCUCUGUACCAUGUGAGAACUCAUAGCGCAACUGCACACAAGCUAAGAAGAUUCCCUUGUGAGGAACCAGUCAGUCUUGAGCUUCAGCACCUAGAAGUAUAAGCGAUAAAUUCCUGAUGCUUAAGCCAUCUUGUCUGUGGUACUUGGUGUUUGCAGCCUGUGUAGGUUAUGCAUGACACCGAUUCAAAAUACUGAAAAUACAGAAUUACCCUCACAGAGGAAUGUUAAGAAAUAUGGAAAUCAGUCUAUCUGAACUAAAGGUCUGGAAAGUGCUUUUGCAUUCUCAGUUUCAGGACAGCUCAUGCUGCCCAGUGUAACAGGAAGAACACUCCUUCCACUCCAUUUCAACCUGUGCUCACAGCUUUCUCUCAGACCAGUGGGACUGUAAACAAGUAGGAACUGCAGAAUGCCUACUCCCUAACUUCCCGCUUGUUUCUGAAAGAGCCAAUAGAAAUUGCUCCAUUGGGAUUUGGUAAUGUCCAUCUGCCUGCCUGCCUGUAGCAAGGUAAUUUGUGGCUGACUUUGAGGGGAAAAUGUGCUUUCCUUCACUCUCAAAUUAAGGAUUGCAAUUAAAUGGCAGUUGGUGAUGAACAUUCAAUUUGCAUCAAUAUUGAAUCUACUGUCCAAGUUAUUUUUCACUCUCAAUUGUUAAUGGUUGCCAUGGGAGGACUUGAAAGAGCGAACUUAAUUCAGUGGAAACAGCAUUGGUGGGCCUGUUGGUCAGCUGGACGGCUACCAAGAAGAGAUUCUAGUGCUCUUCAAUCAGCAUGUUAGGAUCAUCACAUAAACUAUUAUAUUUACUAGUCUCCAAACCAUGCUGUGGGAACCAGUCUUACCAUACACAGCAGCCAGUCUCCUGGGAACCACAUCAAGGGAAGAGCCAGAGAAACACCUGAAGUGUUCUAGUAUCAAAAGUGGCACUUGUGACGACAAGGGAAGGCUGAUUACACAGGACGUUGCUUCACCUCCGAUACAUGUGGAAUGGAGACACAAGGUGCAGCUGCUUUGAGUGUAGGUACUGUCCAGCAGACAGACAAUUGAGCAGUGUGCUCAGAUUCUUUCUCCAAAGGGUACUGACAUCUGUCCUCCUCCCUCAAGGUCUAAUGUGGGAGUGAAGGAAAACUUGAGCUCAGAUGCCAAACUUCAGCUACACUACUCCAUCAUAGUCCCCCACAUUCUGGGCUCUACCGUAUCUGCUACACCCAACCCUGCUCUGGUCUGGUGCUGUCUACAUGGAUUAUGAAUCCAAGAGAAUCAGAAAAAAACUCCUCAAUGUGAACUGGAAGGUCUUAGAGUUGGCAGAGCUUAUGAACAUGUUGAAAGCAGCCAAGCAUCUUUGCAAUCACAUGGGCUUUUGUGUGUUUUCUUGAUGUUUCUCCCAUUGAUUUAGUCUAUCAGUAUUGUUGACUUAGUCUAUCACUAUUGGUCACAUUAUAUAGAGCAUUUUGUUUAAGCUUUUGUCUUUUUAGCUAAAAACACUUCUUUGGUAAACUUUUAAUACUGCAAUCUUCUUCCUUUAGAAUAUUUUGGAGUGUACUUUUAAGACUUUUUUCUUGAAACAUUCAUAUCAGAAUUUUAAAACAGGAACUUUAUAAUAAAUUUAGUAAGAUUUA